AUGUCGACGGCGUUAGUUCCGAUUGACACCAACAUUAAGGGUCAGGUGAUAUGGCAUCUUGAACUUGCUUCUCAUGAUGCGCAGCUCCGGGUAAGUGAAUUACAGGCAAUAAAAGGAUCCUGGCUGCAGAGAAAAGCGUUAGGAGAGGUAAAGACCAAGGAAGCCUUGCUAGGCUGGUGUACAUUGGCGGAGGUCAGCAUGGAUACGGACAGUCUCAAGGUCGAUAUGGGCUGGCCAGAUGCCAAGGUCAAGCCUACAACAGGGCGCUUAGAAGAGGCCAAUCUGCAGUUGCUGGCUCAGCCGGGGGGGCUCAUCCAGAUGGAUACAGAAACUCUGGUGAACAAGCUUGUGAACUGA